GCUGUGCAUUGGCUUAUCAAAUUAAUUAGAUUUUUUUGUCAACACUGUCAUUGGCCAGUGAUGUGUAUAGCAUAUGUUUUGAAUUUGCAAAAAGUAGGUGAUUUAUAAUACCAUAAAAAACAAAAAGUUAUGUAAAUAAAUAAAAGUUUGAUGUGGCAUUCAAAUAAAAUGUCUUGGCCUAAAAUAAUUUAUAAUACAGCUUAUAUUGUAAACUAAUAAUAACAUAGCAACAAAUACUCAUGAAAAAAAAUGCAAGACUUUUAAAAAUUCUAAAGUUCAAAGAAUGUUUUUUAUUUAUCAUCGAAAUAAUUCCUGUAAGCAUUAUGCGUUUCAAGAGAUUAAAGCAUCGCUUCCUUGACAAAGUUCAUCGAUUGAAGAAAAAAAUUUUAACAUGGAGUUUUGUAAUAUUUUUUGUAAUAAUUAUUUUUAUCUUAAUGAAAAUUCAGACUUACCAGCAGCUGUGCCAUAAAUUUAUUGAUGAUUUAAGUGCAAUUGAUGUCGUGUACACAUGGGUGAAUGGUUCUGAUGACAGAUUCGACCAAUCAAUAUCCAAAUAUAAAACAAAUUAUGAUAUAACUCGUUACGAUGACAAAAACGAGUUACGAUUUUCUUUAAGAUCAUUAGAAAAAUACGCUCCAUGGGUUCGACAUGUUUAUAUUGUUACUAAUGGUCAAAUACCACAUUGGUUAGAUUUGUCAUAUUCUAAAAUAUCUUUGAUAACUCACAAAGAGUUAACCCGGCACAUGGAAAUUCUUCCAACAUUCUCAAGUUCGGCGAUUGAAACUUUUAUACACCGCAUUCCUAAUUUAUCGAAACGAUUUCUUUAUCUGAACGAUGAUAUAUUUUUAAAUGCAGAACUUUUUCCAGAAGAUUUGUAUACAAAUUCAGAUGGGGUUAAAGUUUAUAAUGCAUGGACUGUUCCAGAUUGUGCAACAGAUUGUCCAUGGGUUUAUAUUGGUGAUGGUACUUGUGAUCAACAUUGCAAUAUUGAAGAGUGUCAGUUUGAUGGUAACGAUUGCGCUCUAAAUGAUGAAACUGAAGAAAAUGAUGAUAGAAUGUUUGAUAUGCCAGAACCAGUCUUUUAUGAAGUUCCAAAAAUAAACGAUACCACAAAUGGUUCACCAAUUAGAAAAUUAAAAUCUAUAAAAAGGAAAACAGAUGUACUUAACAAAGGGAUAUCUUUUAAAGAUUACAUAAAAAAAUCAAAUUUUACGAGAACUUUUAAUUUUACUGAUGAAAAAGAACUUAAAGACUACGUUGAAAAGUUUAAUUCAAAACAGAAAACUAAAAUUAGAACAAGAAACAUAAAUUUAAAUGUUGAGAAAAAUUCACCAGAAAGUACAUCUGAUAUAUUUAUGCAUUCCUUAGUAUAUACAAAUAAAUUACUCAAUCGGAUUUAUGGUUUUAAAUCACGUUAUGUUUUAGCACAUGUGGGAUUCCUUUUAGAUAAGGAUAUCAUUGAAGAAAUGGAAAAAAAAUUUUCAGAUGAGAUCUUAAAAACAGCUCAUAAUCGCUUUAGAUCUCCUGAAGAUAUACAAUUUGCCUUCUUAUACUACAAUUUUUUAAUGAGCGAAACAAUAAAUAAAACUGUUAGCGAAAUAUUUGAUGAAUUUGAUUCAGAUAAUUCUGGAACAUUGUCUGACAGAGAGAUAAGAACAUUUUUAACAAGAAUUUAUCCGAUUCCACUUGAUUGGGCUGCAGUAAAAUAUGCUGAACAAGUUUUAAACAAUUGUAGUAAAGUUUUUUUUUCAGACAGUAAAACUCAAAUCGAAUACAGUACUUUAGCUUAUGAAAGAUAUGAAGAUUCCAAAAUGCCUGUAAUUUCAAAAGAUCUCAUAGAAAAUUGUAGUAUUUUUAAAGAAGCUAUGUUGUCACAUUUUGCACAGAGGAAUCGUUACAAAUUCUUGGUGAAUAGCAAAAGAGAAAUGCAUAGCAACUUUAUGAUGUUAAAAUCUAAUGUGACUGAUGUUAUAAUUUCUUUAGAUAAAUUUAGAAGAAAUCCAAAAAAAUUUAAUUGCAUUAAUGAUAAUUUAGAUUCAAACAUGAAAGAGGAAAAUGAAAUGGUACGAAAUUUGUUGGAAGAUUUUUACAUAUCAUUUUUUCCACAUCAGAGCAAAUUUGAAUUACCAGAUCAUUAUCGUAACAAAUUUUUAUAUAUGGAAGAUUUUGAGCAUUGGAAAACUCAAAAAUAUAUCCUUCUAAUAAUAUGUUACAUAAUUAGUGCUAUUUUAAUUGGAAUAUUUACAAGUUAUCUUUGUGCAUAUAAGGCUAAAUGUGCUAGAAAAUGUAUAGAACUUUUGUGAUAUCAAAUUAUUUAUUUAUCAUUAAUUUAAUUAUAGCAAAUAUAUAUGUAUGUA